AUGUCGCAGCCGUUGGAAUUUCCAUCCUCAUUCGUGACGCCGUGGAAGGACCUGCUCCUCUCCCACCAAAACGAGCGCUCUCGCGAUUCUCCCAACUAUCACAAUGACGAGGCCAUUGACUCUCUUCUAACAACCAGCACGCCAAACUUACUGUAUGUUGGCACUGGGCAUUCAAUAUUCACACGCGCAAUUCUCCCCGCCAUUGCGUCUGCCAAGCACUCAAUUCACUUCGUCACCUGCUACUGGGCCGCCUCUCCUUCUCUCGAUGGCAUCCGCCAGACUCUCCUCCAGCUGGCCGAGGCACGCUCAAGAUCGGGAGAGUCUCUGCCUCCUCUCAACGUGAGCAUUGGAUUCUCGUCUUGGGGGCUAUUCCAGAAGCUGUUCCAUACCUCGGCGCCUGAAGGGUGCGUGUAUCCUCCUUCGCGAUGGGCCAAGCUGGGCUUGCCGGAUGAGGAGACGCUGAGAAAAGGGGGCAUCGAAAUGACGGUGAAGAGCCUGUUUUUCACGCCGCUGAGCGUGAUGCAUCCGAAAUACGUCAUUAUUGAUGAGACAAAGGCGUGGAUCCCGAGCUGCAAUGUGAGCUGGGAGCGGUGGUUUGAGGGCUGCGUUGAGCUUGAAGGCGAGUUUGUAGAUAGGCUACUGGAUUUCCAUGCUCGGGUUUGGGGUGCAAGAGUUGAUAGAGACAACAUUGAGCUCUCAGGGAGAGAUAGAGGAACGAUAAGGGAAGCACAAAAUCAAGGCGUGGAUGAAGAAGGUCUCCUGCAUGAAACCACGAGCUCAUCACCGCUUACCGAGGGCGGCGAUGAUCGUUCAGCAACACAAUGCAUUCACUUCACUGCUGUUGCCCCGACUCCGACAAUCUUACUGCCAUCACCGCAUCAUCGAAAUCCUCGAUUCAGAUUCUUCUUCCCUUUCUUCUCUCAAUCUGAUCCGCCAAUGACUCCGCUCAACGCCGCGCUGCUCACUCUGUUUGCUAAUGCUCACCAUGAAAUCCAUCUUGUCACGCCAAAUCUCACUUCAUGGCCGGUCAUAGAAGCCUUAUUAGAUGCAUUAUCUCGGGGAGUCAACGUUCAGGUGCGUACGGGUCGCAAUAUGAUGUUGAUUGAGCAACUCGUCACUGCUGGAACAACUACAUCAUGGUGUCUUCGUCGCUUCGUCAAAAAGUACCAGGCGUUGUGUAAGCGCCACUCUCAAAAUCGCGAUCCGGAGGCCCAGCUAGUGUCUCCUGGCCAGCUAGAUAUAUUCUACUAUAAACAACUUGGCGAGAGGGCGAAGCUGGAAGAUGAGCCCGUCUUUAGCCAUUUCAAGAUGACAAUGGUGGAUGGAGAGUAUCUCAUGCUGGGUUCAGGUAACAUGGACAGAGCCAGUUGGUGGACGAGUCAAGAGAUUGGCGUGCUGUUUUACAUGCCGGGACUGAGGGAGAGGAGAGUAUGGGAGGAUGUGCUAGAGAAGAGAGCAGAGUUGGUGUUUCAGAGCAAGAAUAGAUAA